UUCCUAUAAAUCAUCCUGAUUUCGCUCAAUCGUACAACAACAUUGGUAUUGUGUAUUAUAACAUAGGAGAGUACUCGAAAGCACUUUCAUUUCAUGAAAAAGCACUUGGAAUUCAAGAAACAACUCUUCCUGAAAAUCAUCCUUCGUUGGCUAUUUCCUACAACAACACUGGUAAGGUGUAUAAGAACAUGGGAGAGUACUCGAAAGCACUUUCAUUUGACGAAAAAGCACUUGGAAUUCAAGAAAAAGCGCUUCCUGAAAAUCAUCCUUCGUUGGCCACUUCCUACAACAACAUCGGGGAGGUACAUAGAGAAGUGGGAGAGUACUCGAAAGCACUUUCAUUCUACGAAAAAGCACUUGAUAUUCAAGGAAAAACCCUACCUGCAAGUCAUCCUGAUUUGGCCGAAUCGUACAACAAUCUCGGUAGUCUGUACCAUAACAUGGAAGAAUAUUCGAAAGCACUCUCAUAUUUUCAACGUGCUCUUGACAUUCGCAAUGUUUCAUUACCACCAAAUCAUCCGCAUCUUAAAACUACAAAAGAGUGGAUUGAAAUUGUAAAACAGAAAUUAUAA